AGAUCUCUCGUAUCUCUCUCUGUCUCCCAUGUUUAUAUGCUCUUUUCUGUAGAGUUCAAUUUGUUUAUAUAAUAGCGGCUUUUCUGGUUUACCGGUAACUGUUCUUCGAUUCUGUUUUUGAGUUUCCGAGUUUCAAAUCUAGUUCCGUUAGUGAAAAUGGCUGGGAUUUGCUGUGGAGUUGUUGGGGAGAGUGAACCGACGGCGUCGGUGGAGCCGAGUUCACGAGCCUCGAGGCGGCGGAGAUUGGAGCUCCGUCCGUUCAACUUCGUCGCCGAUGUGGCCGGCCGACUGCCGUUGGAAAACAGUAGUAAGCGACAGAAGUUAGAUCUCUUCCCUACAUCCUCUCCGCGAGACUACGAUAAUGCGGUGGAGAAUUGCGAUAGUAACGAACAGAUUAAUCUAGCAGAGCAAAAUGAAGAAUCAAAAGAAAAAGGAUUCGAUUCGAAUGAAACAGUAGAUCUUUGCGCUAAUCCAGAGCCUGUGAAGGGAGAGGUUGAGCAGGUAGCGGAAGAAUCGGAGUGGCCUAAGUUUGGCAUGACGUCAGUUUGUGGAAGGAGAAGAGAUAUGGAAGACACCGUCUCCAUACACCCUUUCUUUUGCGAGAGUAAGCGUCAGAUUUCACCUGGAAUUCACUUUUUCGGCGUAUUUGACGGUCACGGUUGCUCUCAUGUGGCCAUGAAGUGCAGAGAUCGGUUUCACGAGAUAGUGAAAGAAGAGCUCGAAGCAUGCGGAGCCAAAACCGUGGAGUGGAAAGGUCUGAUGGAGCGUAGCUUUGAUAGGAUGGAUAAGGAAGUGCAGGCGUGGACCGAAAAGCCUGAAAGUGCAAAGACCUCGAAUUGCCGUUGCGAGCUCCAGACUCCUCAGUGCGAUGCCGUCGGAUCUACUGCCGUGAUUGCAAUUGUGACACCGGAUAAGAUCAUCGUCUCCAACUGCGGUGAUUCCCGCGCUGUCCUUUGCAGAAACGCCGCCGCUUUUCCACUUUCAUCAGAUCACAAGCCUGAUCGACCCGAUGAGUUGCUUCGGAUCCAAGCAGCCGGUGGCCGUGUAAUCUUUUGGGAUAGUCCCCGAGUCCUGGGGAUGUUAGCCAUGUCUAGAGCAAUAGGUGACAAUUAUCUGAAGCCGUAUGUGAUAUCGGAGCCAGAGGUGACGAUUACAGACAGAACGGCUGAGGAUGAGUGCUUAAUUCUUGCCAGCGACGGUCUUUGGGAUGUCGUGACCAAUGACAUGGCAUGUGGAGUAGCCCGAAUGUGUUUGCGCGCACAGAGACCACCCUCGCCACCAGGAUCACCAGGGAGUGAGGCGGCGGUCAGAUGUGGCUCCACCGAGAGCUCCGAUAAGGCCUGUUGGGAUGCUUCUAUUUUGUUGACCAAAUUGGCCUUGGCCAGGCACAGCACGGAUAACGUUAGCGUCAUCGUAGUUGAUUUGAAUAGGAAUCAGAAUCACCACCUAUAGUUAAUAGAUGAAGAAAUUAAUGUUAAACUAGGUAAAAAAAAACAGGAAAAGAAAAGAUUCUCUUUUUUCUUUUUUUCUUUUUUCUUUUUUUUCCCUAAAUGUAAGACAUGAGAUUUCCUUCCAGUCAAGAAAGCAAAGGGAGGAAAAGAAGGAAAAUGUUAGUAUUAUUUUAUUUUAUUUUAUUUUGAAGAAGGAAAAAGGGUCUAUUAUUCACUUUUUGAGGAUUUAAGGAUGGAGUCAACCUGAUUGAUGAUGAUAAUACAGAUGAGGAAAGGGGAUGAAAGGGGACCAAGGGGUAGGCGGAGAGCAUGCCACGAUGAUUUGAUUGGAAACUUGGAAUUUGGUUUGGAAAGAUGUUAGGGGGUUCACCUGGGUUGUUUCAAUUGGCAUAAGACACGUAACGAUUUGGGUUUGGGUUGUGGGGCUUAGGGCAUUACGAUCUCUGAGCUGGCCAAGAUUUGGUUAGAUUUGAUGUUGAUUGGGGAAUGGGGAGGGUUUCGCCGGCAUCUGAAUCGUAUACGGCGUUUCCACGUACCCACUUUACCGCACGCCAAUGUUUCUCCUUGGUAUUUUGAUCGACGGUUCUGAUUUAAAUUGCAGAAAUGGCUGAUGCAUGCAACGUGGCUGACAUUAACGUAUGAACGGAUAAACAUGUUUAGGGCCUUUAGGAUUUCCUUAGGCGCAUAAAAAUGAAAAUAAUCGUUAAACAAGCGGGGUCUGUUAAGGGUUUUCCUUAAGGACUUUUUGUAACAAAUGCAAUGUAGACUA